AUGCUCUUCGAAUUCUGCUUCCUUCUUCUCGCUCCCCUCGUCGCGGCUGGAACGCCUACGGCACGCGCAGAAACGGCCCUCGCCGCGCUCCAGACAUGGUACAACACCACCAGCGGCAUCUGGAAUACCUGCGGCUGGUGGAACGGGGCCAACUGCAUGACUGUUAUCGCUGACCUGGCGGAUGUGGACGACUCGGUGCGGGACGUUGCUGUUGCUGUGUUUGAGAAUACGUGGUCGGUGGCGCCGAGAUCGAAUCCCGCGCCGGGACGGGGGAAUGACUCGUACAACGGAGCGAUCAAGCAUCAUCGCCGGCAGAAGGUUAGUCGGCGGCGCGCAGGGGUAGAUGUCUCUAAGUGGUUGGAUGGAGCGUACGACGAUGAUGCGUGGUGGGCGUUGGCGUGGAUCGCGGCGUUUGAUGUCACGGGUAGACAGGAGUAUCUUGAUCUUGCGGUGGGGAUAUUUGAGCAGUUGAGUAAGGUGUGGCCGUCCAGAUGCGGCGGGGGCAUCUACUGGGACUACACGCAUACCUAUGUCAACGCCAUUGCGAACGAGCUGUUUCUCUCGUUGGCGGCGCAUCUCGCGAAUCGAGCGUCGAACAAGGAGUAUUAUGUUGACUGGGCUCAACGCGAGUGGGAUUGGUUCCAAGGCAGCGGAAUGAUCAACGCCAACCACAUGAUCAACGAUGGGCUGACGGAGAGCUGCCAGAAUAAUGGACAACCCACAUGGACCUAUAAUCAAGGAGUCAUCCUUGGCGGACUGGCCGAGCUAUACCGUGCGUCUCCCAACGCAACAUUCCUCGAGUCAGCAGGGGAGAUUGCUAAAGCGGCGAUCGCGGCGCUGAGUGACUCGAAUGGUGUCAUGCACGAGCCCUGCGAGCCUAGCAGCUGCGGUGGCGACAGCACGCAGUUCAAGGGGAUCUUCAUCCGGAACCUGCGGCUGUUACACAGUKUGGCCCCGGAUGAGGAGUACUCGCGUGUCAUUACAGCGUCUGCCGAUAGUAUCUGGGCGAAUGAUCGCAAUGCCAGUAAUAAGAUGGGGGUUAACUGGGCUGGUCCCCUUGAGCGGGUGGAUGCUUCGUCUCAUAGUUCGGCUAUGGAUGCGUUGGUUGCUGCCAUUGGAUUGUGGUAG